AUGGACUAUGCCAUGGUAAUUUCUGUGACCUGCACAUACACUCCAGAUGAGUUCCUGGAACUAGAAAGUCUGAAGUACACGGGAACCCAUGCAACUUUCUGUGGGAACUUUGGGCAUGGCAGGUCCUUAGGAAGAGCUCGUUACCAAGGCGAGAGGAGCAAACUGUUCUUUCUCUUGCAGGAACCCACUGGAGUGAAAGACACAGGCGUUAAGCACGAGAGGAGGAUCUGGGUCGCUCAGUACUUGGAAUCUUACCCUGCCCAUGGGCGUGGAAGGAGGCCUGGUGGGUCUGCACCCGGGCGAGGGCCCGCGGGCACCCUGCCCUGCGCUUCUUUUCCGGGGGAAGGGGCCGGAGGGCUUGGCGGGGCUGCCGGCGGGGUCCGGGUUCGCGCCGAUCCCGCCCGGCUCCGCGCGCCGGCGGCUGCAGGGUGGGCACGGGCCGGGCCCGCGGGAGGAGGGGGAGGCCGGGCGCCGCGGGAACAAUGUGGUCGGUUGUUUUGCCGACUGUCAGCCUCGUUCCCGGAUCCUCCUUUCCACGCCCCUUGGCCUAACCGCCGCGGGCCCGGCGCGCUGAGGGAAGAGCCCCCUUAUUUGGUCUUGGAAAGAAAGGGGAAAGGUUAUCCUUGGAUGCCUGCGGCGUUGGGUCAUCGGCCCGCAGCGGCCGGCCCGCACGCGGGCGCAGCUCCGACUCCCGCCGGCAGGGGGCGGUGCCGGGCAGCGCCGCGGAGCAGCCGCGGCCUCUCAGGUGAACCUGGUGAUGCGCAGCCAGCCACCUGCCUUCUCGUGGCCGGAAGGGGAUGGAAGCCCAUGUGUCUAAGUGUCUUAACGCUGAGGAGCUCAGAAAGGCGAAGGUCACCCAGACAGCAAGUGACCAAGCUGCGAUUCGAGCCCUGGCCCUUCACGCUUCAGAGCCAAAGCUUGUCCAUGGUGAAGAACACAUUACCUCGCCAAUGACUCCUCCAAAUAAAACUCGUGUAAUAUGUGUCAUUC